AUGGCUUAUUCUCAUGCAAAAAUUGAACCAAUGGAAACAUCAACAUCACUUGAAACAUCUGAUUUUGAUCCUGUUAAUUUAGAAUCUUCUAUAAUUCAAUUAUGUUUACAAUUUCCAAAUGGUGUUAGUGACAAAAUUCUUGAAAAUUCAUUUCGUAGUGCUACUAUGCAACAACGUGUUAGUGCAUUAAAUCGUUUAUUAUCAUUAAAUAAAAUUGAUUUACUUAAAUCAUCAACUGAACAAGGAACAUUUCUUUAUCGUAUACGUGAUACAGCAAAUGCAUUAGGUUCAUCAAUAACAAUAAGUGGUGGUGGUACAACUGACCAAAUGGAACGUGUUGUUUAUCAACUUGUUAAAGAAAGUAGUAAUUUAGGUAUAUGGAUGCGUGAUAUACGUACAAAAACAAAAUUAUCACAAAUAAUACUUAAUAAAACUCUUAAAUCAUUAGAAAGUAAAAAAUUAAUUAAAGCUGUUAAAUCUGUACAUGCAAGUAAGAAAAAAGUAUAUAUGCUUUAUGAAAUGACACCUGAUCCAUCUAUUACUGGUGGUACAUGGUAUUCUGAUCAUGAAUUUGAAGCUGAAUUUGUUCGUGUAUUAAAUGAACAAUGUGCUCGAUUAUUAGAUGAACGAUUAGAUGAAUCAAUAAGAAAAUUUCCACAUGAUCCAUUUUUACGACGAACAAGUUCAUUUAUGUCAAGUAUUGAACUUGUUACACUUAUUAAUGAAAUGGGUAUUGCUACUGUAUCAUUAACUGUACAAGAUAUUGAAUCAAUAUUAUAUACACUUAUUUGUGAUGGAAAAAUUGAAAAAACAACAGUAGCUUCAACAACAAAUAAUGAAAAUGGACAUCGAAAUAAUUUAUAUAGAUCUAUAAAACCAAUGCUUGAUUCAUCACCAGUUGUAAGAAAUCCAUGUGGAAUUUGUCCUGUUUUUAAAGAUUGUCAUGAUGAUGGUUUAAUUACACCUAAAACAUGUAUUUAUUUAAAUAAAUGGUUAGAUUUUUGA